GACCGCAACCAGAUAGCAGCACCUCCCAGGGGAAGGGAGGAGGGAGGAGGGAGGAAGGAAGCCUUCUCCAGAGUGGUCAUUCUGUGAUCUAGUGUCCGAGUGGCAAUAUGGAACCCAUCUCUGUGCCGAUCAACCACAGCAAAGAAGAGGAGGCGAUGAAGCCUAUCACAGAGAAGUCUGUAACAGAAGGAGAACAAAAGCUGGAAUGGGGUACUACCGCAAUGACUGAAUAUUUAUUUGCACCCUUCGUACAACCAUCAGGAGACAAAAGAAAACAAUGCUCUGAUUCAUCAAGCGAUGAUGACAGUGAGGGUGAUGAAGAGGAGAAAAAAAAUGAGGCAAAAUGGCUUCGCACACAUAGAGCCAAACGUUCUUCCCAAAAGGAAUGCUACGAUCCCCAAUUAGAAGUAUACAAGAAUACGUUGCUCAAAGAAAUUGAGGUGAAAGAAAAAAAGCUCAUAAUGAUCAUUUGGGGGAAGAAAAGAAAACAGAGAAUUUUUGUACCCCAGCUUAAGAGGGAACUGAAUGUAUUAAACAAAAUGUAUCAGAAGUUGUUCAAGUAAUAGUUGUCAAUCAUGUCUCACAAUUGCUUAUUUUAUUCCGACCAGCUGGUGAAUAAUUUUUAUUUCUUUAAAUUAUAUUUUAUUUAUUUUGUAAAUAUUUAUAUAAAUUUUAUGAGAUUUUUUUUUAUUAUUUUAAAUCAUUCUAAGUAUUCUAGUUUUUAAUCUAAGAACUGAAAU